AGUUGGAGCACUCCACUCUCUGCCACCCUUUCGGGGAUCAAGAGCUGGGCUGUCCAGCGCUGCAGGACAGCAGAAGACUCCAGCCACUCCUCCCACAACAUGGGUUGUGCAACUGCUGUGGGAGGGGGGUGGCUGCCUGCCCUCCCUGCCCCCGCCAAAGCACCACAUCUCACCUAUAAAUCUGGAGCGAGAGGGGCUCUCUGCCCACAGCGGAGGUGACACAGAGCACAGGUGGCUGGAGCUGGAGGUUAAACCCUGUUCACAGCCCAGGAUCCCAGUAGAGACCAGAGGGUUGAGAGUGGCCGUGGUGGGCGCGGGUGUCAGCGGGCUGACAGCCACCAAGUGCUGCCUGGACGAGGGGCUGGAGCCCACGUGCUUUGAGCAGAGCCAGGACAUCGGGGGGCUCUGGCGCUACAGGGAGCACAUUGAGGCCGGCCGGCCAAGCCUUUAUCCGUCAGUCAUCAGCAACAGCUCCAAGGAGAUGUCUGCCUUCUCCGACUUCCCCUUCCCUGAGGACUUCCCAGUGUUCCUGCCCAAUGCCCAGUUCCUGGACUACCUCCAGCGCUACGCUGAGCACUUCAGCCUCCGGGAGCACAUCAAAUUAGGGACCACCGUUGUCAGUAUCCGUAAACACGCUGACUUUGCCACCACGGGCCAGUGGAAUGUGGUCACAGAGGCGGGUGGGAAGCAGACAUCGCAUGUCUUUGAUGCUGUUAUGGUUUGCAGCGGCAAUUUCUCCGAGCCAUCCCUCCCCCUGCACUGUUUUCCCGGCAUCGAGAGGUUUCGAGGGCAGUACUUCCACAGCCGGCAGUACAAGCAUCCUGACAUUUUCCAGGGCAAGCGUGUCCUCGUGGUGGGCAUGGGCAAUUCAGGAGUGGACAUCGCAGUGGAGGCCAGUCGUGUAGCUGCAAAGGUGACCAUCAGCACCACUCGAGGAUCCUGGCUGCUCAGCCGUGUGUUUGAGCAUGGCUACCCAUGGGAUAUGGUUUUAAACACUUGCCUUAUGAGCCUGAUCAAAACCAACCUCCCCAGACCCCUUCCAUGGUGGUUGCUUAAUUACAAGCUGAACCAAAGGUUCAACCAUGAAAACUAUGGCCUUCAACCAGAGAAGAGCUGCCUGGUGCGUGAGCCCGUGCUGAACGACGACCUCCCAAGCUACAUCCUGACAGGCAGGAUCACCAUCAAGCCGGGCGUGAAGGAGUUCAAGGACAACUCCGUUGUUUUCCACAACUGCCCUGAGGAGGAGCCCAUUGACGUUGUUGUCUUCUGCACAGGCUACAAUGUCUCCUUCCCAUUCCUAGAGGAAUCGGUUGUCACGGUGGAAAACAAGCACGCAUCCCUCUACAAAUACGUGUUCCCAACCCACCUGCAGAAGCCCACCCUGGCUGUCCUUGGGCUGAUUAAGCCCUUAGGAGGCAUCAUGCCCGUGGCAGAGAUGCAGGCACGCUGGGUGAGCCGUGUCUUCAAAGGCUUGUGUCAGUUGCCUUCCCAGUCUGUCAUGGAGAAGGAAGUAAAUGAGCAGAAGAAAAACCAAGUCCGAUGCAAGAGAAACUCAAGGGAAAUUCGGCCGAGAUCUGAGCAGCUAAGGCACAGCACUCUCCUGCAAGUUGCUCUCACACCAGCCCACUGCCUGCUGCAGGCCAGCAUGGUCCAGCGUGUGGCCGUGAUCGGGGCAGGGGUCGGGGGCUUGGUUUCUGUCAAGUGCUGCUUGGAUGAGGGGCUGGAGCCCAUCUGCUUCGAGAGCAGCGAGGACAUCGGCGGCAUCUGGCGCUACACGGACUCCACGGAUGAUAGCAGAGUCAGUGUGUACCGCUCAAUCAUUACCAACACCUCUAAGGAGAUGUCCUGCUUCAGCGACUUCCCCUACCCGGAGGAUUUUCCCAGUUACCUGCCUCACAGCCUCGUCCUGGAAUACUUCAGGAUGUAUGCCCAGCACUUCGACCUCCUGCGGCACAUACGCUUCCAGACAACAGUUCUCAGUGUGAGCAAGCGCCCAGAUUUCACCACCUCAGGCCAGUGGGAGGUGGUCACCGAGACCGGCAGUGUCCGUGAGUCCCAUGUCUUCGAUGCCGUCAUGGUUUGCACCGGCCAUUACCAGGAGCCCUACUUGCCAUUGGCUUCUUUCCCAGGCACUGAAAGUCGCUUCAAAGGCCAGCACCUCCACAGCCGGGAAUACAGAGAUGUGGAGGCUUUCCGAGGAAAAAGGGUCCUCGUGGUCGGCAUUGGCAACACUGGUGGUGACCUCUCUGUGGAGCUGAGCCGUGUGGCUGCCAAGGUGUUCCUCAGCACCAGGAGCAACACAUGGGUCAUCAGCCGGGUCUCGGACCAUGGCUUCCCCUGUGACAUGGUCAGCACCACCCGCUUCAACCACUUCCUGGACUGGCUUCUUCCAUCAGCCCUCACAAGGAGGAUCAGGUUUCGGAAGUUCAAUUCAUGGUUCAACCACACAAACUAUGGCUUGGCUUCCAGCAAAAGCUCCAAAUUUAAGAUAAUUAUCAAUGAAGAGCUGCCAUUCUGUCUCCUCUCUGGGACUGUGGUGUUGAAGCCAAACGUGAAGGAGUUCACUGAAAACUCUGCUGUUUUUGAAGAUGGGACAACCGAAGAAAACAUCGACGUGGUGCUCUUUGCCACGGGUUACAACUUUUCAUUUCCCUUCCUCGAAGAGUCUGUUCGCAGCAUCAUUGACAAUAACCGUUCCCUCUACAAAUGCGUCUUCCCUCCCCAGCUGGAAAAGCCCACGCUGGCCAUCAUUGGCUUGAUCCAGCUGACCGGCUCAAUUAUGGUGGGAUCAGAAAUGCAGGCUCGCUGGGUGACAGGAGUCUUUGCAGGCUGGAACAAGCUGCCUCCCCCCAGCAGGAUGAUGGCUGAUGUUUUGAAGAGGAAGCCACCAGUCAAAAGGAAUCCAUCCGAGAGGGAAAACCUGAAGAUGAGUUUUAUCAGCUACACAGACGAAAUCGCUGCAUGUGCUGGUGUAAAGCCCAGCGUGUUGAGGCUGCUCCUGACAGACCCCCAGCUGGCCCUGGCCGUCUUUUUUGGGCCCUGCUCACCCUACCAGUUCCGGCUGGUGGGACGGGGCAAGUGGAGCGGGGCCAGAGCUGCCAUCCUGACUCAGUGGCAGCGCACACUGAAGCCCUUGAGAAGUCGGGUGGUGGAUGACAAUUCUGACAGCUCAUCUGGCUGGCACUGGAUGUGCCUCCUGGCUCUGCCAGCAGCUCUCACAGCAGGUUUUCUCUUUUCUAAAUACCCCCAGCCAGGCUGGAGCCCCUGGGCAGGUCCCCAGCUGUAGAAGAAACCUGGAGAGCCCCAGUGCCAGGUGAGCUGGGGACUGCAAAAGCUGUGCCACCGCCAGGUGCUGUCAGAGGGCUGGAGCUGGCCCAGCACCAGCAGGAGCCUGAACCCUGGGGCUGUCUGGUGCCCAUACACCUCCUGCUGCUGUUUCACCAAGGGUAAUACGGAAUGUUCACUCCAAACCAUUUGGGGAUGAACUAGUGAACUUGAGGCCGGCCUCCCUCCCCUCUGCUCAGCCAGAGCUUCCUCCCUAAAACUUUGGCAAGACCCACAGUAGGUUGAGAUUCUAUGAAACAUGAACUGUUGAGAGCUAUUUGUGUCUGGUAACUUUUGGGACAUGAAGGAGGGAGCCACAAAUAAACCUCACAGAUUUGGUCUUUGCUAA